AUGUCAAAGAAAACUUUUAAGAAAUCUGAAGGUACAUCCCUAGUAUCAAUUAUUGGCGACGAAGACACUGUUACAGGAUUUCUACUAACAGGAAUUGGAGAAAAGAAUAUCAAAGGAGAAACUAAUUUUCUGUAUGUAAAUUCAUUAUUUCUCGAAACCGACCCAAAAUUGAUAGAGGCUACAUUUCAAAAUUUCUUGAAGCAUCCUAAUAUAGCAGUCAUCCUUGUGACAUAAUUUGUUGCUGAAAACUAUCUAAGACAUAUUAUCAAUUAAUAUGAUGCCAUUUUGCCUACAAUUCUUGAAAUCCCAAGCAAAGAAUACCCAUAUGAAGCAAAGAAAGAUACAAUUAUUCAAAGAGCUCAUAGAUUAUUGUAUGGUACAGAUAUUUAGUGAAAUAUAUUAAGUAAUAUAGAAAGCAUAAUCAAUUUAUUUUUCCAUUUAAA